CGCCUCUGUUUGUUGUAUUUGGAGAUGUAAUAAAGUUCAAACGAAAGGUAUAAUCCAAUGGAGAACUUUACUGAGUGAUUUGAGCAGGGUACAAGCUGUGGUGCACGAACGGUUCUCAUUGGAGAAUUGCUUUGGAACUCAACGAGGAGUUGCGGAACGAGAGUUGAAAACGAGUCGGCUGUGGUUGCCAUGGUGAGUGACAGCACGGCGUCACUUCAAACGCCUUCGUUGCCAUGGUGACUGACCACGAGGCGACGCAGCAAAAAAAGACCACCGUCGUGACGUCACAGACGUGAGACGCAGACACCGAAGUUAUUUGUACUGCAGUGUUUGUGUGUGACAAUGGCGACGUCAAAAAGAACAUCUCUACCGGAAAUGACGUCAAGGGUCAGCAGGAAGAGAAGCAGGAAGUGUCUCCAAAGCCCAGACAAAUCAUAUCGGACUUUAUCCAAAGAAGAAAUUGCAAAAUUCAUCAACAGCCAGAAGCAGAACAUCUGCGUGGGUCUUCUUCAACAUGGCUUCCACAGGUCCUUCUCAGAGCUUUUCCUGCUAAUUCACUUGGAUCAAGAGCGCAGAGAGGCAGCCGAGGUCAACUCAGCAGUCAGUCUUCAGACUCCGCUAGAGGAGCAACAAGAAAAAAUGGAGAGCAUCAGUCGGUACUUGAGCCGGUCCGAGCAGGCCCAACGGGAAGGUCGGUGGCCGCUGGCGUACGAGCAGCGUCUGGUUUUGGGUGGUUACUUCACGGAUGAGGAGGACCUGUGGCUGAGUUUGCACUUCUACCUCACCUGUACGGACGCACGUGAAGAAGGCUGCAUGGGACACACCACCGAGGCCCGCGCCUGCUUGGCCGAGCUCCACCUGAAGCAAGGUCGGCUGGACGAGGCCAGGCAGCAGGCCGAGCUCUGCGUGCGGCUGGCCGACGGAGGCGGUUGGUCGGACUCGUCCGGUCGUUCCUUGAGGCACCGCGCCCGCGAGAGCCUGUGGUCCAUUAACAGCCGGCAGGCGGAUGCUUGUGUCAAGGCAGGAGAUCUUAACAAGGCUCUGAGGCUUCUCCACAGCGGCUACACCACAGCCACGGAGUCUGAAAACAAACACAUAGAAGGGGAAGCCGCCUAUCAGCUUGGACUCGCCUAUUACAGCGUCGGCGACUACGACACUUCCGAACAGUACCUCAACACGUCCAUGCAGAUCUGCAGCACAACACAGGACAUAGACGGGCUGGGUAAGGCCUACAAGGCCAUGGCCAAGCUGUGUGAAAGCAAAGGCAACUUAAACAACACAAUCCAGCUUCUGGAGACGUUAGUUGACAUCUCCCGUAGCAACAGCCUGCAUCACCACCUGGUGGACGCCUGUCUUUGUCUGGGCAACGUCUACACUAACAGGAGGCAGUAUGACCGCGCGCGUGAGCGCUUGCUGCAAGGUUACAACGUCGCUUGUGACAUCGGAGACAAGACUCUCGUGCACAAGGCCCAGGUGUCUCUGGCCAGCGCGCACACUCGCUGCAUCAUGAGGAAGUACAGCACUGACGUGGAGUCGGACGCGCCCCGCGCUCUGUCACGCCUGCUGGACUGGAAAGUGACGAGAGGACGUCACGACGCCACUGAAAACAAUGUUGUCAGCGACUAUUAGGCCACACUUACAAUGCACGUUUAUUCACCGCCAGCAGGGAAUCUUCCUUGCACUGUCAACAUCUGGACAACAUGAAAUAUACAUUUUUAAAACAUCUUUGUUCUUUGUAUUGCAAUUCAAAAAUGUAAUUUACAUUCAUUAAUAGAUACAUACACACAUGCAUAGGUACAUAUUCUACCACAUACAGAAACACAGUGCAUACAUCCACAUGCACUUUCACUGUACAAACAUACAUAUACACAUACUGUACUGUACAUAUACAUACAUACACUCAUGCAUAUAAUCACGUUUCAUCUAACAUACUGUAUAUUAACAUUAUCCCCCCCCUGGGGGAAACUGGGUAAAACAGUUAACCUAUUUUACGAUAACCAUCCAUCCAUCCAUCCAUUUUUUUUACCGCUUGUCCCUUUCUGGGUGGUGGGGGGUGCUGGGUGAUAUCUACAAGGUUAAUAUAGCUCACUUCUCUUUCUUCCCCUCCAUUUAUCUUUUUUUAUUUUGUAUUUCAAGUUAUCAUUACAUAUAUGUAUUGCUACAUUGGAAACAAUUGUAUUGAUGAUAAUAGAGGUAAUUAUUAGGGGUGUGGGAAAAAAUCGAUUCGAAUUCGAAUCGCAAUUCUCACGUUGUGCGAUUCAGAAUCGAUUCUCUUUUUUUUUUUUAAAUCGAUUUUUAUUUUAUUAUUUUUUUAUUUAAUUUUUUUUUUAAUUAAUCAAUCCAACAAAACAAUACACAUCAAUACCAUAACAAUGCAAUCCAAUUCCAAAACCAAACCCGAGCCAGCAACACUCAGAACUGCAAUAAACAGCAAUUGAGAGGAGACACAAACACGACACAGAACAAACCUAAAGUAGUGAAACAAAAAUGAAUAUUAUCAACAACAGUAUCAAUAUUAGUUACAAUUUCAACAUAGCAGUGAUUAAAAAUCCCUCAUUGACAUUAUCAUUAGACAUUUAUAAAAAAUAAAAAUAAAUAACCAUAGUGUCACAGUGGCUUACACUUGCAUCGCAUCUCAUAAGCUUGACAACACACUGUGUCCAAUAUUUUCACAAAGAUACAAUAAGUCAUAUUUUUGGUUCAUUUAAUAGUUGAAACAAAUUUACAUUAUUGCAAUCAGUUGAUAAAACAUUGUCCUUUACAAUUAUAAAAGCUUUUUACAAAAAUCUACUACUCUGCUUGCAUGUCAGCAGACUGGGGUAGAUCCUGCUGAAAUCCUAUGUAUUGAAUGAAUAGAGAAUCCUUUUGAAUCGGGAAAAAAAAUCGUUUUUGAAUCGAGAAUCGUGUUGAAUUGGAAAAAAAACAACGAUUUUGAAUCGA